UAUAAUUAGCUGAAAAGAAGUAAGCUUUUUGCAAUCCAUAUUUUGACGGCAAACUGUUUUGCACCAAGUAGAAUAGCCUAGAAGAGGUGAAGUGUGUUACAAAGGACCAUGAGCACUGCAGGGAAAGUAAUCAAAUGCAAGGCAGCAGUACUCUGGAAACCUAAAGAACCACUUAGUAUUGUGGAAAUAGAAGUAGCUCCACCAAAAGCACAUGAAGUUCGCAUCAAGAUUUUGGCUACUGGAAUCUGUGGCUCAGAUUCCCACAUUCUAAAGGGUGUUACAAAGGCAAAGUUACCUAUUAUUCUUGGACAUGAAGCAGUUGGCGUGGUUGAGAGUGUGGGGGAAGGUAUUACCAGUAUGAAACCAGGAGACCAAGUCAUUCCCAUUUUUCUGCCCCAAUGUGGCAAAUGCAGUACUUGUCUGCAUCCUACAGGCAACCUCUGCAAGAUUGAUCGAGGGUCUGGAUUAAUGGAGGAUGGCACCAGUAGAUUCACUUACAAAGGAACACCACUGCACAAUUUUGUUGGUACCAGCACUUUCACAGAAUAUACUGUAGUACACGAGGAUUCGGUUGUCAAAAUUGAUCCUGCAGCACCUCCUGAAAAAGUGUGUCUUAUCAGCUGUGGGUUUUCUACUGGCUAUGGUGCUGCCAUAAAUGCUGCAAAGGUGCGGCCUGGUUCUACCUGUGCUGUUUUUGGACUCGGAGGAGUUGGUCUCUCAGCAGUCAUGGGCUGCAAGAAAGCUGGAGCUUGCCGAAUCAUUGGCGUUGAUAUCAACAAGGAUAAAUUCCCCAAGGCUAAAGAAAUCGGUGUCACAGACUGUAUCAAUCCCAAAGAUUACCAGAAACCCAUCAACGAAGUGAUCUUUGACUUGACUGGGGGUGAAGGAGUAGAAUAUUCCUUUGAAGUCGUUGGAAAACCUGAAAUCAUGGUGGCUGCCUUGAGUUCCUGUCAAAUGAACUAUGGAAAGUGUAUCAUUGUGGGAGUACCACCUACGGAUUCUACGAUGACCUUUUCUACAGGACUUCUCUUCACAGGCCGCACUUGGAAAGGAACUCUAUUUGGAGACUGGAAAAGUAAAGAUACAGUUCCUAAAUUGGUUUCGGAUUUCAUGAACAAAAGGUUUAGCCUAGAUCCAUUAAUUACUCACACUUUACCAUUUGAUAAAAUCAACGAAGGUUUUGAGUUGCUUCACUCAGGAAAAAGCAUCCGCUGCGUCCUGACGUUUGGCUGUGGUUCAGAAAAAAAAUAGAAAACUACCAUUUCUGUCUCUGAAAUCCACCAGAAAUGCAUUAUGCAGCAUAUAUACUUCAAUAAGCCGAGUCAACAGAAACAGAAUUAUUUCUUUUCUUUCUCUUUUCUUCCCCUUCUGGUUCAUGUGUUAUUAUUACUGCUGAAUUUACCCGCAAGGAAGACAACCCUGAAAUUAAGGCAGUCCCACACGAAAACAAAGUUUAGGCAAAAUAUAGUUAUAAACAUG